GUCACUCAAGCAAGCAAUCCCCCACUGAUGCGAAGAGUUCGAGGAAGAUUGUUCAUAUCCAUUUAGAGUGUGGAAGUGGUGGCGUUGGUGGGCCAAUACCAGUGAUAAUGACGGUGGCGGUGGCAGUGAUAGUGACGGUGGCAGUGGAGGCCUUGAGUGAGUGAGCACUGAGCUGUGAUCUCCAGAGAGCAAGUCCUUUUGGCAUCAUUACAUCAGCUUAAGCGAGAAAUUCAAUGGCUUCAAAAGACAAAGAACAAGGAUUGAGUUGGAUGGAGUGGCUCAAAGGGUGGUCUCAUCUGAUUUACGAGGUACUUUUUCAGCGGCUUACAUCAAGCCAUCUGAAAACCCCAUUGCCCUUGCCUCCCCUCAACGAUAUUUCCUGCAUCGUCACCGGUUCCACCAGUGGAAUUGGGCUCGAAAUAGCCAGACAAUUGGCAGAAUCUGGGGCACAUGUCGUUAUGGCAGUAAGAAACCCAACUGCAGCCCAUUCUCUAAUCCAAAAAUGGCGAACCUUCAAGCCCAGUAACGCUUCCUUGAAUGUCGAUGUCAUGGAGCUUAAUCUUCUGUCUCUGGAAUCUGUUGUUAGAUUCUCAGAAUCCUGGAAUUCACUUUCAAAACCCUUAAAUAUUCUUAUCAACAACGCUGGAAUCUUCUCCAUUGGAGAGCCUCAAAAGUUUUCAAGUAAUGGGUACGAAACGCAUAUGCAAGUGAACCAUCUUGGACCAGCAUUGCUUUCAGUACUACUCUUGCCAUCUCUUAAAAGAGGCGCUCCAAGUCGAAUAAUCAAUGUGAAUUCUGUCAUGCAUUUCAUUGGUUAUGUUGAUACGAAUGACAUGAAUUUCGCUACCAGGAGAAGCGAAUUCUCAAGCUUGAAGGGUUACUCGAGUAGUAAGCUAGCACAGGUCAAGUUCAGCAGCAUCCUCCAAAAGCACAUUCCUGCAGAAGCCGGGAUUAGCAUAGUUUGUGCAGCCCCUGGAAGUGUUCAAACAAACGUUGCGCGUGAUCUUCCUAAAAUUGUGCAAGUUGCGUAUCAUAUGGUACCAUUUUUUCUGUUCAGUCCUGAAGAAGGAUCGAGAAGUGCCCUCCUUGCAGCUACUGAUCCUGAUAUUCUAAAGUGCUGCACAAAGUUGAAGGCUGAUGAGAGCCCUGUCUGCGCCUAUAUUUCCUACAAUUGUCGUCCAACGAGCCCUUCCAAUGAAGCACACAGGACUGGUACUUCUCAGCUAGUUUUUAUCUUUGAUCUUGCUGUGAUCUGA